UUACCGUCUACUUUGACGUGGCAUGUUGGGGGGGGGGGGAGGAAGUUGGAUUAGUUCGAAAGUGGUUACAGGGUGGCCAAACCAAGAGGCGGCAGCAAUCGAUGGUCAGCAAAUGGGAAUGCGAACAAGCGAUAGUAACUCAUCACGAAUUCACUUUGGGAGUCGGGCAAAACCCUUGGUGACUGAAGUGAAAUUUAGAUCUGGUCAGCAGUCCGGGUCUCGUAACUCAGUUGGUAGAGCAUCGAAGCGGCAACCCAGAAGAUGCUGGUUCGAAUCCUGCCGCUAUCGAGCUCUUCACUCCACCUUCAGUCAUUACCUAGUAUUAAAAACACAAAUCUCCCAAGCGAUGGCUACUUCAGAUAGUCAAACUGAAAAUCCUGUUAUUGUCUGCCUCAACUUACAUACAAGUACGAUUAUACAGCUUUUGUAGAUGAAAUCGUCGCAAAGAGAAAUUUUCUUCGGUGAAAUCUUUUAUGUCUUGAUAUAGGUUAUAAAUAUAGAAGUGCCAUAUGUUGAUGAACAUCAGGG